UUGCUUCUGAUUCCACUCAGCUCUCCUAGGAGACUACUUUUUGAAAAAGCCCUUAAUGUUUAUGAUGUUUGUUGCUGAUAUCUUUCUUCAUCCUCGAAGGUUUGUUUUAAUGUGGAAGUGGAUCUCAGAGCUUAAUGUAAAUCAAACAAACAAAGGAAAAAAGGAUGUCAAGAGUGGUCUUCCUUGAUUUCGAUGAAGGACAAUUGCAGGGAGCCAUGGAUAUUAGUAGUGAGUUAUAACAUCUUAAUUCAAAGAGUCUAGUAUAAAUGUACUUAAUGGACAGACCAGCAAUAUGGAUGAUUUAGAGAUAAAUACUGAAGUCACUGGUGCUAAAGAAGAAGAAGAAAUCCUGUGUGAUGAUAAUUUCAUAUCUGAGGAAGAAGGUGGCAUUCCUAAAUCACAAGAGAGCGACACAUCAUUUCAGAAGAACAAUACAUUGACUCUGCCUGAGGAGCUAUCAAGGGACAGAUCUGAAAAAGCCUUAAGUGGAGGCCAGACUUCUCUAUUUAUACACACUGGUGCUCCUACUGUUUCUAGCGAAAACUUUAUCUUGUCUAGAGGAACUGCUGUUAAUGGACCAGUUUCACACUCCACCUCAACUAAGACUUCCAUUAUGAAUAAAGGCAGUGUUUCAUUAACCACUGGACAGCCUGUAGGUCAUCACACAGAUUCCUGCUCAACUUUGACAGUGGUUCAUGAUCUUCAGCUGCCUGCAAAGAGUACAACACAGAAAUCAAAUCAGCACCAAGUUUUAUUUUUGUUACCUGAUGUAGCACAUGCUAAGAACCUGACUCAUUCCAUUAAAAAUCUACCUACCUCUGCUUCAAUUGGUUGUGAUUCACAGAAAUCAGUAGGAAAUAGUGUAGAUAGCACUUUAGUAGGCCAAGUAGAAGUUUGUGAGGAUGAUAAAAAUUUACUAGUAAAAGAUGAUUGUGUCGAUACAUUAACAGGCAUUUCCUCAGGUACAGGUGGUUUCAGAUCGGGAUGUGAUCCCAGCUGGGAUCCACAAAAAGAGUUUAUACAGUUUCUUAUGACAAAUGAAGAAACAAUAGAGAAGUCUCCCAUUCACUGUAAAGUAGGCUUAGAAAAAAAGCGAAAAAGGAAAAUGGAUGUUAGUAAAAUAACACGCUAUACUGAAGACUGUUUUGGUGAUACCAGUUGUAUUCCUAGUAAAUCAAAACUAUUAAAUGUUGACUUCUUAGAGCAGAAUGAGGAGCUACAAAUAGUAGAACCACAGAAAUAUUCAUUGAGUAAAGUAAAGCCUGAAUCCACAGAUGAAGAGCUGGAAGCUGUUGAUGCUAUCCAGCAGCUCAUUUAUAGUCCCACUAGUAACUGUGCAGAAGAUACUUCUCCUGUUCACACUAGCACUUUUCUUUCUAAUACUUUAAAAAAUAAAUGUGAACAGAAUGAUUCUGAAUCGCCAUCUACUUUCAGUACUGAUGAACCAUCAUUUUAUCCCUGUACAAAGUGCAAUGUGAAUUUCAGGGAGAAGAAACAUCUGCAUAGGCAUAUGAUGUACCAUUUAGAUGGAAACAGUCAUUUCCGACAUCUCAAUGUCCCCAGGCCCUAUGCAUGUAGGGAAUGCGGAAGGACAUUUCGAGAUCGUAAUUCACUUCUUAAACAUAUGAUAAUUCACCAGGAAAGAAGGCAGAAACUGAUGGAAGAAAUCCGUGAGCUGAAAGAACUUCAGGAUGAGGGUAGGAGUGCACGGUUACAGUGCCCACAGUGUGUAUUUGGUACCAAUUGUCCCAAAACGUUUGUGCAGCAUGCAAAGACCCAUGAAAAAGAUAAAAGAUAUUAUUGCUGUGAGGAAUGCAAUUUCAUGGCUGUGACAGAAAAUGAACUGGAAUGCCAUCGAGGGAUCGCUCAUGGAGCAGUAGUUAAAUGUUCAAUUAUCGGUAGCGACAUGUCCCAGAGGAAAACACAGAAAAAGGCAUCCUUGAAAGAUCCGUAUUUAGGAUCCUCAAAAAAGUCAUCAACAUAUAUGUGUAAGAUGUGUCCAUUUACUACUUCAGCUAGAAGCAUUUUAAAAAAACACAUGGAAUAUUUGCACCCAGCAUCAUGCAUUGAUCCCUUUGGUAGCCAUCUUAGACUAGAAAAAAGAAAAGGCAGCAUAAUAGAAGAAUCUUUAGAUUUUGGUAGCAGGACAAAACAGUUGAAACAAUCUUCUACUUUUCCAAAGAACUCUGUUUUAAAGCAGGAUGUAAAAAGAUCAUUUGGCUCUACUUCACAGUCCAGUAACUUCGCAAAACUUCAUAAGAGACCCUACAGGAUACAGAAGGCUCGGAAAAGCGUUUCACAGUCAUCUGUAAGUGUGUGCAAUCUAAAUUCUACAAACAAGACCUUUUUGAUUAGAAAUAGCAUUGACCAGAAACCUAAAUGUUUUCAUCAAGCAGCAAAGCAGAAAGCUAGUGUCAAAACAAGCGGUAAUUAUUUAUAUAGACACAAAUAUGAAAACUACAGGAUGAUUAAAAAAUCUAGUGACUCUUACCCUUUGCAUUUAAAAAAGGAAGAGUCCAACUCUGUCAGUUCUUUACAUUUAUUUUCUUCAUCAAGUAGUCCCCGUAAUAAUUGUUUUGUCAUGGAUUCAAAUAAUCUUGAUUGCAAAAGGGCAGAAGGCUGUAAAGAUCGUAGGCAUGUAGCUGUAAAAAGAGUGGUUAAAGAAUCCAAGAGGGAAGGCUCUGUUACAGGAGAUGAUUUGGAUUGCUAUCCAGAUUUUCUGCAUAAAAUGACUGUUGUUGUUUUACAGAAACUUAACUCUGCUGAAAAAAAAGACAGCUAUGAAACGGAGGAUGAAAGUUCAUGGGAUAAUGUUGAACUAUGUGAUUACACUACACAGUCUGUGGAGGAUGAGUCUUACAGUGAUAUUAAUCAGGAGCAUGUAAACCUAUUUCCCAUAUUCAAAGGUAAAAUGGAAGAUCAUGAAGCUGGUGAUAAAUCUUCACUUAGUUAUGAGCAGAAUGAUGGCUUUUAUUUUGAGUAUUAUGAAGAUGCUGAGGGUAGUAACUUCCUGCAUGAUUUGCAUGAUCCUCAGAAUUUAGAAAAUGUAGGAUCAGCAUUGCCAAAGCAUAAUUCAGUUUUCCAUUGGACUGAUUUGUCGCUUGAAAAGAAGUCCUGCCCAUACUGUCCAGCAACCUUUGAAACAGGUGUUGGAUUGUCCAAUCAUGUCAGAGGACAUCUUCACAGAGCUGGACUAAGCUAUGAAGCCCGUCAUGUUGUUUCACCAGAACAGAUAGCAACAAGUGACAAAAUGCAACAUUUUAAAAGAACUGGAACAGGAACUCCUGUUAAACGUGUUAGAAAAGCGAUUGAAAAAUCUGAAACUUCUUCUGAGCAUACGUGUCAGCUCUGUGGAGGCUGGUUCGAUACUAAAAUUGGAUUGUCUAAUCAUGUGCGAGGACACCUGAAGAGGCUUGGCAAAACCAAGUGGGACGCACACAAGUCUCCUAUCUGUGUUCUGAAUGAGAUGAUGCAAAAUGAAGAGAAGUAUGAAAAAAUCCUAAAGGCUUUGAACAGUCGCCGCAUUAUUCCCAGACCAUUUGUUGCUCAGAAAUUUGCAUCAAAUGAUGACUUUUUAUCUCAGAAUGUUAUACCUCUUGAAGCAUACCAUAAUGGCCUAAAGACUGAAGAUACAUCUGUGUCUGCAUCAGAGGAAGAAGGGCUGAGUUUCCUAAAUGAAUGUGAUGAAACAAAAGCAGUACUACAUGAUGAAAAAAAAAAUCAGUCACUUACACUGAUAGAACUCCUGAAAAAUAAGAGGUUAGGAGAAGAAAGGAAUCCUGAUAUUUCUCCUCAAAAGAUUCAUAAUCAAACUGCAAGAAAGAGGUUUGUUCAGAAAUGUGUUCUUCCAUUAAAUGAAGACAGUCCAUUGAUGUAUCAGCCACAAAAAAUGGACUUGACUAUGCAGUCAGGUAUGCCUGUGAAGCUUAGAACGUGUGUGCAUUGCAAUACGACGUUUACAAGUGCUGUUAGCCUGUCCAACCACUUACGCGCUUAUGCACGAAAGAAGAGUGCUGGACUUUUGACUGGGACAGCUUUAGACUGUAAGCAAAAGAAGUCAAGGUCAAGAUCUGGAAGCAAGAAAAAAAUGCUGCCAUUACCUCAUAGUGCUGAUGAAGUUUACAUACUCAGAUGCAGGUUUUGUGGUCUGGUCUUUCGAGGACCUUUGUCUGUUCAAGAAGACUGGAUAAAGCACUUGCAGCGACACAUUGUCAACGCAAAUCUUCCACGGACUGGAGCUGGCAUGGUUGAAGUCACAUCACUACUUAAAAAGCCUGCUUCAAUUACUGAAACUUCAUUUUCUUUACUGAUGGCAGAAGCAGCAUCAUAGAACAAGGAAACAUUUUAAAUUUUAAUUGGAUGUAAAUUUGAAAUACUUUGUCAUUUUUUAAAAUAAAUUGCUACACUAAAUUAUGUUUAUAAAUGCUAAAGACAGAAAAAUAGAGGAAGUGGAUUACAGUAACAUCAAAAUAAAUUGAAUACUUAACAGUUACAGUAAGUAGUCUUUAUAUUUUAUAUAGGGUGGAAGAUGUGUUUUUAAGGUUUAUUAUGUUUUUGUCAGUUACUGUGUUCACUAUCAAUACAAGACCAUUACAUGUAUGGCAGCCAUUUUUAAAUUGUUGCACAUGGGUACUUAAAAGACAGAUUUUAAUAAAACAAAGAAACCAUGUUCUCUUCAGUGUUACCCAAAUCAAGGCUCUGUUUAUUCCAAAAAGAAUUGCAUAGUAAAAUAAGAUAUUAUUAUAUUUUGUUUGUAUGUAUGUAGUGUUUUGUAUAAUACCGAGAACUGCUAAUACAAUUUACUCAACUUAGGGCAUUAAAUAUCAUGUACUUCAUAGUUCAAGAGACUGUUUCAUUCAAAUAGGGCAAUUAGUACUAUUCUAUCUAGGUGUGUAAGUGUUUUUUUUUAAAUCACAUGAGGCUUUUUGUACUAAAAAGUGGAGGGAAACUUGUUUAAACAAAUUUCUAAGAGAAAUAUGUACAUAAUACUGGAAAUUUGUGGUAAGGAAAUAUUCUUUACUUCAGUUGCAUUUCUCACUGACAAUAAAGUGGUGCAUCCAUGCUACCUCCUACUUGUCAACAAAGAUGGUAUUUACCCUUAUGUUUUUGUAUCAUAGUAGAUUCAAUCCAACUUUCUUUAUUACAAAGCAUCUUUUUGUUAACAAGUUUGUUUCUUUAUGAUGAUUUACUUAAAGUCUGACUUGCUUACAGAAGUUUGCCUCUCUACUAUUUUAUUUAACACUGUAGAAAUGUACUAAUAAGCAUUGCUCACUACACGGUUAGAGUAGACUUUUCAUUUAUAAUUCUGUUUAAAAGAUUGAUCAUUUUAGAAAAUUCGAACGCAGAUUGAAAUGUUUCUACAUAUGAAGAGAAUGUUUACAACUUAAAUUUUAGAGCUUGUUUUGGAUGUGAUUAUAUGUAUGAAAACUGUAACACUAUGCUCAUGCUAAGGACCUACUUACAGAAUUACUGAAAUAAAUGUGCUGUGAGGAUGGAAAUAUGGUGCAGGUGUCUUGGUCAUGAUGAAUUGUGUUUGUUCAUUUAAACUGUCUUCAGAACAUGAUUUUUGUUUAAAUCAAAUCAGAUUCCUCUGCAAAUCAAUUUUGUAUGCAAGUAACAUUUCAUUUUACUCAUAUAGGGUAACCGAUACUGUAGUUAAGCCAAGGAUAUGCAUUGAUAUUUUCUUUAUAUGUAAAUAAAGUUAAAAGCAGUUAAACAAGAGGAGUAUUUUGGUAGAGUAUAUACAUACCUCACUGCCAGUGAAAUUGCUUUCCUAUGGUAUAUCUCCUUACCAGAAAAAUCUCUAAAUAAAAAGGUUUAAAGAAAAAUCUAAAUGUCUAUAAUGUGAAGCAUUUAUUUGCAUUGUGUGAAUUAAGUUUGUGAAACUGAUUUGUCUUGCUUGAGAUUAGAAUCUUCUCAUGAUCUUAAGUAAAAGUACAUUUACUUGCAAUAAACUGACUUGUUCACAGAUGCAUUACAUUUGAUUGGUGGAAAAUAUGAAUAAAUGUCUGUCUUCCUGUACGUGCGCAGUUCAGAAUUAACACGAGGCCUGUUAGCAUUCUGAUGAAAUGGAUGGGCUGAAAAUGCACACCUGUGCAGGACAGAGUCCUGAGACAAGGCCAUCCUAGCUUUGUCAAGGCUGUCAUUGAUUUAGUGCUAUCUGGUGUUUUCCUGUACAAGUUGCUACAGAUAACUUUAAAUUUAUUGUCAAAAUUUAUUCCCUUUUUUUUUUAACUGGAAAA